UUCUACUGCGUGCUCAAACUUCUAGUCAUGAGUUCAUGUGUUAUUCACGGAGGAGAGAUCGGAUCAUAGCAGACAGAAUGGCUACAAUGCUCAGUAAAGAUUUUCCGGAUAUCGAGAGUAUCCUUUCAUUGAACCCGAGGGUGAAGACUUGCGUGGAUCUCCAUUCCACUGUCUCAAAGAAGAAAGAGAAGAAGCACUGGAAGAGAAACCCAGAGAAGAGCUGCAAUACUUGUGUGGAUUUGGAGAACAACUUCGAUGACAUCAAGCACACGACUUUGAGCGAGCGUGGGGCACUUCGGGAAGCGUUGAGAUGCCUGAAAUGUGCAGAUGCUCCUUGCCAAAAAAGCUGCCCUACCAAUUUGGACAUCAAGUCUUUCAUCACCAGCAUUUCCAACAAGAACUACUAUGGUGCUGCUAAAGCUAUACUGUCUGACAAUCCUUUGGGUCUGACCUGUGGCAUGGUGUGUCCCACCUCUGAUCUGUGUGUGGGGGGUUGUAACCUCUAUGCCUCUGAGGAAGGGCCUAUCAAUAUUGGUGGUCUGCAGCAGUUUGCUACUGAGGUGUUCAGUAAGAUGGGCAUCCCUCAGAUCAGGAAUCCGGAGCUCCCUCCACCAGAAGAGAUGCCAGAGAGCUACCACACAAAGAUCGCUCUCAUCGGCUGUGGCCCCGCCAGCAUUAGCUGUGCCUCCUUCCUGGCUCGGCUAGGCUAUGACAACAUCAUCAUCUUUGAAAAACAGAAAUACAUUGGUGGCCUCAGCACUUCUGAAAUACCUCAGUUCCGUUUGCCCUAUGAUGUGGUGCAGUUUGAGAUUGAUUUGAUGAAGGAUCUUGGUGUAAAGGUUGUUCUGGAGAAGGGGCUCGGGCAGAACGGAGUGACUUUGACCUCGCUGAAGGAGGAGGGCUUCCAGGCAGUCUUCAUUGGCAUCGGUCUUCCGCAAGCAAACAGGGACAAGAUCUUCGAGGGUUUGACCAUAGAACAGGGCUUCUACACUUCAAAGGAUUUCCUUCCCGUGGUUGCAAAGGCCAGUAAAAGAGGCAUGUGUAAUUGCAAUUCGCAACUGCCAGAGCUGCAUGGGAAUGUGAUCGUCCUGGGUGCAGGAGACACAGCGUUUGACUGUGCCACUUCUGCUCUCCGCUGUGGAGCUCGACGAGUAUUUGUGGUUUUUAGAAAGGGCUUCACUAACAUUCGCGCUGUUCCAGAAGAGAUGGAGGUGGCCAGGGAGGAAAAGUGCGAGUUCCUGCCCUUCCUGUCCCCUCGUGAGGUAAUCAAGAGAGAUGGACAUGUCAUAGGCCUACGGUUCUGCCGCACUGAACAGCAGGAUGACGGCACCUGGAUUGUGGAUGAGGAGCAGAUUGUCCACCUUAAAGCUGACUUUAUCAUCAGUGCCUUUGGCUCCAUGCUGAACGAUCCUGCAGUGAAAAAGGCCAUGGAACCAUUGAAGCUGAAUGGAUGGGGGACACCUGAGGUGAACAGCGAAACCAUGCAGACCAGUGAACCCUGGGUGUUUGCCGGCGGAGACAUUGCCGGAUUGGCCAACACCACUGUCGAGUCUGUCAACGAUGGCAAACAAGCUUCCUGGCACAUCCACAAGUACAUCCAGUCCCUCCAUGGUAACACAGUAAGCACCUCUUCCAAACUGCCCCUUUUCCACUGCGCAAUCGAUACAGUAGACAUCAGCGUUGAGAUGUGUGGGAUUGUGUUCCCAAACCCGUUUGGACUGGCCAGUGCUCCCCCAACAACCAGCGCAGCCAUGAUCCGCAGGGCCUUCAAGCAGGGCUGGGGCUUCGCCCUCACCAAGACCUUUGGCCUGGACAAGGAUUUGGUGACCAAUGUGUCACCACGAAUUGUGCGUGGGACCACCUCAGGUCACGUUUUCGGUCCUGGCCAGGGCUCCUUCCUCAACAUCGAGCUCAUUAGUGAGAAAACAGCCGCCUACUGGUGCAAGAGCGUGGCUGAACUCAAAGCAGACUUCCCCAAAAAUAUUAUCAUUGCCAGUAUAAUGUGUGGUUACAACAAAGCUGACUGGACGGAGCUGGCGAAAAUGGCUGAGGACUCUAAAGCUGAUGCUCUUGAGCUGAACUUGUCCUGUCCUCAUGGCAUGGGUGAGAGAGGUAUGGGACUGGCCUGUGGACAGGACCCUGAGAUGGUGCGGAACAUCUGCCGCUGGGUCCGACAGGCCACCACCAUCCCCUUCUUUGCCAAGCUCACACCCAAUGUCACCAACAUCGUUGAUAUCGCCGGAGCCGCAUAUGAAGGCGGGGCGGAUGGAGUUACAGCGACGAACACCGUAUCUGGACUGAUGGGUCUCAAAGCAGAUGCCACACCCUGGCCCGGUAUCGGCAGAGGCGCGAGAACUACAUACGGUGGCGUUUCUGGCAAUGCAAUCCGUCCCAUUACUCUGCGUGCUGUGUCAGCUAUAGCCAGAGCACUUCCUGGCUUCCCCAUCCUGGCCACAGGUGGCAUUGACUCAGCUGAAUCUGGAUUGCAGUUCCUCCAUGCUGGAGCCUCUGUCCUGCAGGUGUGCAGCGCUGUGCAGAACCAGGACUUCACAGUGAUUGAAGACUACUGUUUAGGCCUAAAGGCCUUACUGUAUCUGAAAAGCAUUGAGGAGCUGCACGAUUGGGAUGGCCAGUCUCCUCCCACAAUACGCCACCAGAAGGGUAAACCUGUCCCCUGCGUGGAGGAGAUUGUCGGAAAGAGUCUGCCCAGCUUUGGACCGUACUUGGAGACAAAGACUCAAGCCGUGGCAAAGUACAAGAAAAGCCUAAAAGAUGCCAAUGAGAAUGUGGUCAUGGACUCAAAUGCUGCCCGAGUUAACAUCCCCAAAAAACCCAUCCCCAAUGUGAAAGAUGUGAUUGCCAGAGCACUGAAGCAUAUUGGUGCCUACCAGGAUCUGGACAUCAAUGAACAAGUGCAGGCCCUCAUUGAUCCAGAGAUGUGUAUCAACUGUGGCAAAUGCUACAUGACCUGCAAUGACUCGGGCUACCAGGCUAUUAAGUUUGACCCUGAGACCCAUCUUCCUAUAAUCAUGGACAGCUGCACUGGCUGCACUCUCUGCCUUAGCGUGUGCCCCAUCAUCGACUGCAUCAAAAUGGUUACCAGGACAACACCGUACGUGCCCAAGAGGGGCCUGCCUGUUUAUCCCGUUUGCUAAAGCACACUGUCGCUCCACCUGACCGCAGAGAAAAUGAUUGAAGAACCAACAUUAUUUUUAUAUUAAUUUGGUGAAUGUUAAUUGUGAUUAAUAAUAACAAUGAAGCUUAUAAUAAACAUGUAUAACGCAUUUAUGCUUUAAUGUUUGUUAGUGAUUAAUCAGAUUACUUCUUUACACCCCAGUAAUUGAUUUCUAAUGAUAAGCAUAUGAUCACCAAAAAGCAUGCCGUUUUAAUUUGAAUUGGUUUCAAAUAAGAGUGAUCAUUCAUAUUAAUAAAAUAUUCCUGCAUUAUAA